CCCGGCCCAUGGAGCGGGGGAAGAUGGCGGAGGCGGAGAGCCUGGAGACGGCGGCGGAGCACGAGCGGAUCCUGCGGGAGAUCGAGAGCACGGACACGGCCUGCAUCGGGCCCACGCUCAGAUCUGUUUAUGAUGGCGAGGAGCAUGGUCGGUUCAUGGAAAAGCUGGAAUCCCGUAUCCGCAAUCAUGACCGGGAGAUUGAGAAAAUGUGUAACUUCCAUUACCAGGGCUUUGUGGACUCCAUCACUGAACUCCUGAAAGUGAGAGGAGAAGCCCACAGAUUGAAGAAUCAAGUGACUGAUACUAAUAGAAAACUACAGCACGAGGGGAAGGAACUGGUCAUAGCGAUGGAAGAGCUGAAGCAGUGUCGGCUGCAGCAGAGAAAUAUUUCUGCUACGGUUGAUAAAUUAAUGCUGUGUCUGCCAGUCCUGGAAAUGUACAGCAAACUGAAGGAACAGAUGAAAACGAAAAGACAUUACCCUGCCCUGAAAACCCUGGAGCACCUGGAACACACCUACCUGCCCCAAGUGAGCCACUAUCGCUUCUGCAAGGUCAUGGUGGACAACAUCCCCAAGCUUCGGGAAGAAAUUAAGGACGUUUCCAUGUCUGAUCUCAAAGACUUCUUGGAAAGUAUCCGGAAACAUUCAGACAAAAUUGGGGAGACUGCCAUGAAGCAGGCACAGCAGCAAAGGAACCUGGAUAACAUCAUCUCACAACAACCCCGAAUAGGCAGCAGGAAAAAAUCCAAGAAAGAUGCAUAUACCAGCUUGGAUACAGAGAUAGAAAGCACUAGCCCCAAGUCUGAGCAAGAUUCAGGGAUUCUGGAUGUUGAAGAUGAAGAAGAGGACGAAGAGGUGCCCGGGGCCCAGGAAUUGGUGGACUUCUCUCCUGUUUAUCGAUGUUUGCAUAUCUAUUCUGUACUGGGUGCUCGGGAAACCUUUGAAAACUACUACAGGAAACAGAGGCGGAAACAGGCCCGGCUGGUGCUCCAACCCCCAUCCAACAUGCAUGAAACUUUAGAUGGCUACAGGAAGUAUUUUAAUCAAAUCGUAGGGUUUUUUGUGGUUGAAGAUCACAUUUUACAUACGACUCAGGGCUUAGUGAAUAGAGCCUACAUCGAUGAACUAUGGGAAAUGGCCUUGUCCAAAACCAUCGCCGCACUUCGAACACACUCGUCUUACUGCUCUGACCCAGACCUGGUAUUAGAUUUGAAGAACCUCAUCGUCCUUUUUGCUGACACCCUUCAGGUGUACGGUUUCCCGGUAAACCAGCUUUUUGACAUGCUGCUCGACAUUAGAGACCAGUACAGUGACACCCUGCUGAAGAAAUGGGCAGGUGUUUUCAGAAACAUACUUGAUUCAGACAACUAUAGCCCCAUCCCAGUGUCCAGCGAGGAACUCUAUAAGAAGGUGGUUGGACAGUUCCCAUUCCAAGACACGGAGCUGGAAAAGCAGCCGUUUCCAAAGAAGUUUCCUUUCUCUGAAUUUGUGCCUAAGGUUUACAAUCAAAUUAAAGAAUUUAUCUACGCCUGUCUUAAGUUCUCAGAAGAUCUCCAUCUGAGCUCUACGGAGGUGGACGACAUGAUCCGGAAAUCGACCAACCUGCUGCUGACCCGGACGCUGAGCAGCUCUCUGCAGAAUGUCAUCAAGAGAAAGAACGUCGGGCUGACGGAGCUUGUGCAGAUCAUCAUCAACACGACCCACUUGGAGAAAUCCUGCAAGUACCUGGAGGAGUUCAUUACCAACAUCACCAAUGUGCUACCUGAGACAGUCCACACCACCAAGCUGUAUGGCACCACCACAUUCAAGGAUGCCCGGCAUGCCGCAGAAGAAGAGAUCUACACCAACCUGAACCAGAAGAUUGACCAGUUCUUGCAGCUGGCUGACUAUGACUGGAUGGCUGGGGAUUCAGGGAGCAGAGCCAGUGACUAUCUGAUGGAUCUCAUCGCCUUUCUCCGAAGCACCUUCGCAGUCUUCACCCACCUCCCUGGGAAUGUUAGUGCCCACUCAACAAUGUCGGGGAAGGUGGCUCAGACUGCGUGCAUGUCUGCCUGCAAGCAUUUAGCCACAUCACUAAUGCAGCUGCUGCUGGAAGCGGACGUGAGGCAGCUCAGCCUGGGUGCCCUGCAGCAGUUCAACCUGGAUGUCCAGGAGUGUGAACAGUUUGCCAGAUCCGGCCCGGUGCCCGGCUUCCAGGAGGACACGCUGCAGUUGGCCUUCAUCGACUUGAGACAACUCUUGGAUCUCUUCACCCAAUGGGACUGGUCAACAUAUCUCGCUGACUACGGCCAACCUACCUGCAAAUACCUUCGUGUCAAUCCAGUGACAGCCCUGGCCCUGCUCGAAAAGAUAUCCAGAGAGAUGAAGGACACCAGCCGCAAGAACAACGUGUUUGCACAGUUUCGGAAGAACGAGCGAGACAAGCAGAAACUGAUUGACACUGUAGCCAAGCAGCUGCGAGGACUUAUCAACAGCCACCACUCGUGAGGGCGGGGCCCGGGUGGGGCCAGGCCUGGGCCGAUCCAGCCUCUGUGGCCAGCCCCGCACCGCCAGGGAUGCCCGCCCAGCCAGGGAUGCCUGCCCAGCCAAGGAUGCCCGCCCAGGGCUCUGCACUCUUGGAUUCUUCUUCAGAGAGAAUAUAUGUAUUUUUUUAUCACCUUCUGUAUAGUAUCCACGCAACCUCCUCCAGGAACAGAGAGGGAUGGGGGGAGAGAGGGAGGGAAGACUAAGUCACCAUUGGAGGCCUGAGAUGUCACUGCAUGCCCAACUGACCCCUGUGUGCCCCCACCCCAAGAGUCUGGGACCUGGAGGAGAGAUGCCCCCGGCGUUAGGCAGGCCUUGCCCCCUAGAUCUGGGCUUUUGUUUCUAAUCCAAGGGAAAGGGCAGCCUGGGGCACGGGCCUGGGGCCGCAGGAUCCUCAGUGGGCAGAAGGGGUCUCCAUCUCCAGACGGGCAAGGAAGGAAUGAGAGUGAGUCAGAGACAGCUGGGGCCUAGACGAUCACCUUGAGCCCCUAGGCCUCUGCAGGCCGACCUCAGGCUUUCCUUCUCUACUUCCCGUGGCCCUGCCCUGGCUCCCUCUCCCCACACCCAGACUCUCCCAGCCAAGGGUUAAGGCCUUGGUAUCUGUCCAGGAUAGAAGAACCCAAGCCAAAUCCAGGAAAUAGGGUUCCUGUUUCAAAUGCCAAGGGUCUGUGUCCUCAGUGGACCAGAGUUCACCUGGGCAGGUCCCAGAUACCUGCUAGCUAAGAAUAGAAAGUAGAGGGCAUGGCAAGACCACCCACCUAAAGCCCUGGCAACUUGUGGGAGCUUGCCCUGAGGAGUGAGUGGCUCCUGUGCCCGCACAGCCACGCACCCACUAGAGAAGGGGGCGCUCGUUUCUGCACCGAUGUCUUCUCCAAACCACCUCCGCUGGAUGCAGCGUCUCCUUCUCCGAGCUGGAACAUGGGCAAGGUGGCCACAAACCCCAUUCCUCGCUAGUCUUCUCACUCCUACUGGGUGCCCCGAAGGCACGGUCUCACAUCCUAGGUGCAGGCCCUCACGUUUUGCUGGGUGAUCAACCCAGUCCUAAUGUCCCAAUGGAAUUUGAGGCUUGCCCUGGCCCCUCCGGCCCUCCCCCCUUUCUCUCUGUCUCUGUCUCUCUCUGCCUCCCUCCCUCCCUCCCUCCCUCUCUCUCUGUGUCUCUAUCUCUCUCUCUCUGCCCUCCUGGUUUGGGGUAACAAGUCAGCAGCAUGUUUUUGUAUAUAUGGGCUACAGGGCCCAACCAGACCUGCCAGGGCCCCAGGGACAGAGUAUUUUGGUGGGUGGUUAGGCCGUGGGGAGAGGGGGCAGCCCCAUCUUUCUUCUUAGAGACUGGCGCUACGUAGACAUUUUCUUUCUUUGAGUGUGUUAUUUGAUCUUCUUGCACAGACAACAAAGGGAACUCUUCCCCACCCCUGCCCCUGUCCCCCCCACCCCCCCAAAAAAGCUUUCUCUCCUUCCUUUAAAAAGUAACAACUGGAGGGAGAGCCCAGACAGGGGUUGUUUGCAGCAGGUUGAAAAGAGUCCGUUGUCCUUGUUCCCUCUUCCUCAGUUGAAAAGGCAUCUCUUGGGCUGGGGUGACCCUGGCCAGACUGGGUCACUCUAUCACCAGUGGCCUUGGCCCUCAUUCAGUAAGUACCUGAAGCUCUCCCUAAUGAGGCUAAGGUUUCCCACUUCGAGAUGUUCCACCGGAAGCCAGCCUCUGCCUGGCCCCCACGUCGGGGGCCUUCCCCUGAGCCUCAGACCCUUGGAGGGCUUUGGCCACUAGCUGGCUCCUUCCUGGACACGCUGGGCCCCCUCUGAAAGCCCUGAAUGUCAUCAGCAGAGAGGAGAUGGAAGAAGAGGGCCAUGGCUGGACCUCCAGGGCUUGUCACUGAGAGUGAGUGCUUCCAGGAAGCGUGGAGCAGAAAUCCCCAUGAGCUAGGCUGGCCCGCUCGGCUCUGGCCUGCCAGGCUCUGGCACAGUGGGUGACUGGUGAGUCAGCGUCCUGGCCACCGGGAAGAAGAGGCUCCCUCACUUGGCGCUCAUUAGUGUCCCCACCCCGGCCCUUCCCGCAGGGGCCAGCCACCCUGGGCUCCCAUCCCUCCUCCCCAGGCUCUGGGGCCCUGGCAGACAGCAGCCCAGGGGGCCGGGGCCAUGUGGGAGGAGGGGGUGGGGACCCCCCCCAGGGGAGUUGGGGCUGCAGAAGGGGGCCUGCCACAGACAGGGCCUUCAGGAACACGCUGCUGCGGCUGCUGACAGAGAAGCUAAUUGAGCAUCAGCAAGCAGGGAUGGAGAAGCCUCCCUGGCAUUUCCAGUUUUUAUUAGUGGGAGGACAGACUCAUUAAACAGAAUUUUUAAUCGCUUUUGUCAGCUGCUAACUUGCUGCUGGGGAGGGUGGAGCUUCCUCCCUCCCUCUCUCUGUCUCUCUCCCCCUCCCUCUUCCCUUCUCUCUCUCUCCCUCUCUCCCUCUUCCCUUCUCUCUGUCUCUCUGUCUCUCUCCCCCUCCCUCUUCCCUUCUCUCU